AUGACCCAUUCCGGUAGUGCUAAUGGGGAGAAUGGUUGUUUUCUUAGCAAUCAAGAGACUAAUGUGGUAAACGCCUUAUCAACUUGUUGUGAUCUUUGGUGGGCAGAACUUGUGAAUAGUGGAGCUCCUAGCGAUUUAGUAUUGACAAGUUCGAAUUGGUAUCCAACUGGGCAUUGGAGCCAGAUGGCCUGGGCAAAUACUUUAAAAGUUGGUUGUGGCCUCGCUUACUGUCCUAACAGUACAUAUAAAACUCACAUUUUCUGUCAGUACAGUCCACCCGGAAACUAUAUGGGACAAAAAAUUUACGAGCCUGGACCAGUUUGUAGUGGUUGUAAUGUUGUUAAUGGACAAUUGCAGUGCCAAUACGGACUUUGUAUUUGA